GUGUGUGUGUGGAAGUGGAAGAACCGACGACGACGACGACGAGGCGGCUUGGCUGCGCCCGAGGUCGCAGGUAGCUGGUUAAAUGAAAUUGUGCCAGUAACAGAGGGAAGAUAAACAUGAGAAUAGCAGGAGCAGCAAAGUUGGUAAUAGCAGUGGCUGUGUUCUUGCUGAUGUUUUAUGUCAUAUCUCAAGUAUUUGAAAUAAAAAUGGACGCCAGUUUAGGAAAUCUGUUUGCAAGAUCAGCAUUGGACCUACCAUUGCGAACUACAAAGCCCCCAAAGUAUAAAUGUGGAACAACAAAAGCAUGUCCAGCGAAUCAUUUUGCUUUCAAAAUGGCAAGUGGAGCCGCCAACGUAGUUGGACCUAAAAUAUGUGUAGAAGACAAUGUCUUGAUGAGUGGUGUUAAAAACAACGUGGGGAGGGGAAUUAAUAUAGCCCUAGUAAAUGGCAAAACCGGUGAAGUAGUGGACACAAAAUUCUUUGAUAUGUGGGGGGGAGAUGUAGCCCCAUUCAUUGAAUUUCUGAAGAGUUUUGCAGAUGGAACUAUUGUAUUAAUGGCAACAUAUGACGAUGGUGCCACUAAGCUUACUGAAGAGGCACGGAAGCUAAUAUCAGAUUUGGGGAGUACAUCCAUCAUGACGCUUGGCUUCAGAGACAAUUGGGUUUUCUGUGGUGGGAAAGGAAUCAAAACUAAAAGCCCUUUUGAACAGCAUAUUAAAAACAACAAGGACACCAACAAGUAUGAAGGAUGGCCGGAAGUUGUGGAAAUGGAAGGAUGUAUUCCACAGAAGCUAGAAUGAACGAUCUGCAAUUGGAAAUAGACAAUGCAAAAGAACAGUGGAGGAGGAAAUGCACUUUUCUGCUGCUGUGAGAUUGUGGGAUUUGGGAAAUAGAAGCCAAGUGUGAACUCUUAUCAUACUAGCAUGGCUUGAUGCACAAGGCCCAUUAAAAAGCUGUGCAAAGUGAUGGUAAAUUGCACCAAUUCAUUUGACCGGGCAUGUGAAAUACUUAUCCUGCUGGAUUGUGCCCUAUGUAAAUAAUUUCCAGGCAUGUUUUCACUUUAAAAUGUGCAUGAACAUUUUUUUUUUUAGAUAACAUCAGGCUUAUUUAUUGUUAAACUGAAGAGAUUCUUUUUUCUCUUUUUUUUUCCUUUUUUGUAAAUAAGCCCUAAAACAAACAGAAUUGUUUCUGAGCGUUCUUAUUCUCCCUUCUUUCUCCCUUUCUUCCUUUUCCUAAGCCCACUUAUUGUAUGUAAAUGUCUUUUAGAACGACCCUCAAAAGAAAUUAGAGACACAAUGAAUAGUUGAGCUAAUCCUGAGCUUUGUUGUAUCCUGUUCAAUUACAACAUUGCUGUGAGUGCAUAUAUUUACAUGGAUAUGUAAAUUUUAGAGGAAAAAAUAGUUAACUAUUUUUAUGCUAUGUUGGAAAACCACAUUCUUCAGUGACCCCUUUCAAAUAGAGGGGGUGGUUGUUUGAUACAAAAAUGUAGGACUGCUCUACAAAGCACAAUUAAAUGCUUUUCAUUAAAAUUAAAUGUAUAACACUGUGUCUGUUGCAAUUGUUAACUCAUCCGUACCACAUAUUUGUUAGCAAUGCAAGCUGCUAAUACGGCAGAAUAAUGUGAUUGUUUCUUGUGUGUGUUCAACUAAGAGUUUUUUUUUUAAAAGACCUGAGAUCCAGAAGACAUGUGAACAGGUUGGGAUCUUGCAAAAAUCAUAAAAAGAAGCCAAUGUCAGCAGUGACUCUGUUUUCCUGAAAAUAUGAAAGUACAUGUUUUUU